GUUUUGUUUUUAAUUUUUAUAAACAAUUGAUUGCACUCGUUGCUGCUAUACGAUAAUAUUGGACAUUAAACAAAAGGCAAGACCGCAAAAAAAUCCGAAAACGCUCUAAACUUCAGCCAUAUCAGCCAAUUCCAAGAAAAAAAUUGAAGAAAGUCACAUUCGCUUUAAUAUUUUGAGCACAGCCAGAACACCUCGAAAUGGGUUUUAGAGCCAGUAAAAGGCGUUUUAUAGGUAAACCACUUAGAAUUGUUUUGAGGAGUCUUAAGGAUAAUGGGGUUGGCCAUUUGAUAAUAAGAGGUUCAGAGAAGCAGGUCGAAGGAGAACCGACUUACUACCGCAUUUUGGAAGCCGAUUUGACACCAAUAAUAACAAAAAAGAAAAAGGUUACUAUUUCAGUGAAAGCACAAAAGGUUUUUCGUGGUGUAAUUCUACCCGAGUCUAAGGAUUUGCGUUUUAUAUCAUAUUAUCCAGAUUUUACGGUAGUAAGAAAAGAGGACGAACAUAAAUACUUGGAUAAUACUGCGAGUGCAGCUGAAAAAAAUUUGAUCCUUUCCAAUUCUCAGCAUUGGGAAAGUGAAGAAGAGGACAUGGAAGAGGAUGAUGAAGAUGAAAGCCGCUCUAAAGAUGCAGAAAAACUUAAUUCUAAAGAAGUUAGUCACAAAGGAAAUGUUGACAAAGAAAAAAGAAUAAGCAGAGAUUAUUCGCAAAGUAAGAGACGGCAAAGAAAUUAUGUCAGAUCUCAAUCAGAUCGGGCCAAAAUAAGAAAGAAUUGCAAGGAAGAAAAGUUUGGUAAUUUUAAGGACGAUCAAAUGCAAAGAAUUAAUAAUAUGAUAGAAAAGGGCAUGAAUGCUGACACGGCCAAACAAAUAGAAUGGGAGAGGGAGUUGGCUAUCAGAACAAAGAGGUAAGGUCCUGAUAAAUGGCCCCAGUCUGUCGACCAAUAAAUCGACGAUGACAAAACAAAAAAGCAGUUAAUUAUAAUUGAAUUCAAAGUAAAUAAAAAAGCGAGUAGGUAUUAUGUUCAUACGUACAUACGUAUAUUGCGCCAUGGUUUGCAUCAUGUUUCAACGCAGAAACUUUUCAUUAAUUUAAAUGUUAUUUUCAAAUGUGUAUAUCGGAGCUCUUUAGAAUAAGCAGUACCUAUAAUUGUAAUAUCUAUAACCAUUUAUAUUAAAUAAUGGGUUCCGUAUAAAAGUUCGCAAAGCUCGAAAUUA